GGCACUUGGAGCAGGUGAAGAAGCAUCCUAUUCCGGUUGUCACUACUAUUUCUCAUGCCGUGAGGUCUGAGACAGGAAAGGACACGAUUUCUGUCUUUGCCGCUAGAGCUCUAGAGAACUGUUGCUCUGAACAUAGGCACUUCAGGCAUUUCAUCUCACCCCUUAGUCCAUCCGCACUGUUUCAGCUCGCACACAUUUCUAAUCCUAUGAAUCUCCCUCCUGCUCAAUGAUCAGAACAAGUGGUGGAACGGGAAUUCUAGGGGUUUGAAAAACUAGGCUUCCGCGGACUGCGUGGAACUGUCUAGGGUGCUGAAGCCUUACAGGAGCUUGUUUCCACCAACAAAACACGGAGUUGGAUAGCACUUUUCUGUACUGGCUUUCUCAUUCCUCUUGCGUUGGAUAGGACUAAUUUCAGGACUGUGAAUAAUUCUUCAUAUCAUGGCCCACGUGAGACACAUUCGGACUCUAGUUUCGGGAUUUUACUUCUGGGAAGCAGCUCUGUUACUCAGUUUGGUUGCAACAAAGGAAACAGACAGUGCAAGAUCAAGAAGUGCUCCUAUGUCACCUUCUGAUUUCCUGGAUAAAUUGAUGGGGAGGACAUCAGGCUAUGAUGCAAGAAUCAGACCCAAUUUUAAAGGUCCUCCAGUUAAUGUCACAUGCAACAUAUUCAUAAACAGCUUUGGCUCUAUCGCGGAAACUACUAUGGAUUACAGAGUGAAUAUUUUUCUUCGUCAGAAGUGGAAUGAUCCUCGGUUAGCAUAUAGUGAAUACCCUGAUGACUCUUUAGACCUAGACCCUUCCAUGUUGGAUUCCAUUUGGAAACCAGAUUUGUUCUUUGCCAAUGAAAAGGGUGCCAACUUUCAUGAAGUUACUACAGACAACAAAUUGUUAAGAAUUUUCAAGAAUGGAAAUGUUCUCUAUUCAAUAAGAUUGACAUUAACACUUUCCUGCCCAAUGGACCUCAAGAAUUUUCCAAUGGAUGUUCAAACAUGUAUAAUGCAACUGGAAAGCUUUGGAUAUACAAUGAAUGACCUCAUUUUUGAAUGGCAAGAUGAGGCACCUGUACAAGUGGCUGAAGGACUCACUUUACCCCAGUUUCUACUGAAAGAAGAGAAAGAUUUGCGAUACUGCACUAAACAUUACAACACAGGAAAGUUUACAUGUAUAGAAGUGAGAUUCCAUCUUGAGCGACAAAUGGGAUACUAUUUGAUCCAGAUGUACAUUCCCAGUCUCCUGAUCGUUAUUCUAUCCUGGGUUUCAUUCUGGAUCAAUAUGGAUGCUGCACCAGCCAGGGUAGCUUUGGGAAUAACUACUGUGCUGACCAUGACCACACAGAGUUCAGGAUCACGGGCAUCUUUACCAAAGGUUUCAUAUGUCAAAGCAAUUGACAUUUGGAUGGCAGUAUGCCUUCUUUUUGUGUUUUCAGCACUUCUGGAAUAUGCAGCUGUAAACUUUGUAUCAAGACAACACAAAGAACUUCUGAGAUUUCGACGAAAGAAAAAAAAUAAAACAGAAGCUUUUGCAUUGGAGAAGUUUUACCGUUUUUCAGACACGGAUGAUGAGGUAAGGGAAAGUCGAUUCAGCUUCACAACCUAUGGGAUGGGACCAUGUCUCUCGGCAAAAGAUGGGAUGACGGCAAAGGGCCCCAACCAUUCUGUCCAGGUAAUGCCCAAAAGUCCUGAUGAAAUGAGGAAGGUGUUUAUUGAUCGAGCCAAGAAGAUUGACACUGUCUCCCGAGCCUGCUUUCCAUUAGCCUUUCUGAUUUUUAAUAUUUUCUACUGGGUUAUCUACAAAAUCCUUAGGCACGAAGAUAUUCAUCAGCAACAAGAUUAAGGGGGAAAUACAAGUGCAAAGGGUCAACUCAAAGAAAAGAUUAUUUGCCAUAGGUGUGUGCGUGUGUGUGAAUGUUUGUACAGAUGGUGAUUAGACUAUCAAAACAAUAUAUGGGAAGGUACCACAAACAUUUGCUAUGCAAAAUCAUGAGGCAGAUAAAGA